GUCGACAUAUCGAUAGUUUGUUAUUUUUAUACCGCACAUCCCUAAAAGAACAACGCGUUCAACAAAAUCGCAAUAAACAAUAACAAUGCUCUUUUACUCCUUCUUCAAGUCGCUGGUGGGCAAGGAAGUUGUGGUGGAACUGAAAAACGACCUCAGCAUAUGUGGCACGCUGCACUCGGUGGACCAGUACCUGAACAUCAAGCUGACGGACAUCAGUGUCACGGACCCGGACAAGUAUCCGCACAUGCUGAGCGUCAAGAACUGCUUCAUCCGGGGCUCCGUGGUGCGCUACGUGCAGCUGCCGGGCGACGAGGUGGACACCCAGUUGCUGCAGGAUGCGGCACGGAAGGAGGCUGUUGUGAGCACGAGAUAAGGAUGCGACAUCCCGGAACCUUUACCCUGUAGAAACUACCGUGGAGCUACCCAUCUACCCAUUGUUUCGUAAUCUGCCCUAAAAAACUAAGUGAAAUUCUGUUAAAGCAAAACCAAUAAGAGGAAUCCCCGUAAGAA